UUUUUCUUUGCGAUUCGUACUGUAUGAAAUCACCCAUCAUUUUUACAACCAAUUGAAUCAUCUCUAACCAAUAUUAUUAAUCAUCUAAUAUAUCGGAUACAAUGAAAGAAGAUAUAUCUCAAUUAGAACAGAUUGUUCCUAUUCCAAUUGAAGAGGAUCCAUCGGAUGAAUAUUCCGACUCUACUUUUAAUUUAAAAAUCAUCAAUACAACUUCUCAUUCCACUAACUCUAUUACCAAAUCCCAUGAUAUACCAUCCUCAUCAUUUCCAAAUCAUAACUUACGUAAACAAUUACUUUCAAUUUUAUAUCGUACUCAAAAAUAUAGUGCAUAUACAUUAGUUGGAUUUUUAGGAAUUCAUCUAACUUCAGUUGUUAUUGUACCUAUUAUCCCAAUUGAUAAAGAUAUUAAACACGAAAUUUUUGAAAUGGCAAGGAAUGUUUAUCAUGGGAUACCAUUUUAUGAAGAAUUAUUCAUACUUGCUGCAGCUGUAAUACAUGUAGUUAGUGGAAUUUCUAGUCGAAUUGUGCGACGCCUGUUAUAUAAUAAAACGCACGUUACUAAGAAGAAUUCACAACACAAUCAUCAUCACCAUGAUGAUGUAUUGAAAAUAGUUGAUGACACAAGAGAUGAUAUUGGUUUAGGUGGUCUUACUAAUUUCCUUGGUUUGGGAUAUAAGAAGUCAUGGGUAUCUAAAACAUUAGGAAUUGCUCCAUUAAAUUUCACAGGAUAUCUAUUAAUUCCAAGUUUAUUAUAUCACGUUUACAAAUUUAGAUGGGUGCCAUUGGUUGUAGAUGGUGAUUCAAAUCUUAUCAAUUUAGAGUAUAUAUCAUAUUAUUUGAAUAUGGAUAAAUUAAUUCCCUAUUUGAAUGGGGUCAUGUUAGGAUUUGUAUUAUAUGUUGGUAGUUAUCAUUUUGUCAAUGGGUUAUUUAAAUAUUUCAGAAAAUUUAGUCCGAAUUGGAAAAGGAUUGGAUUUGCAAUCGUUAAUGGAUUUAGUAUAAUUGGUUUUACUGUAAUCAUAAAAUUUAGGGGAGGAUUCAGUUUAAGUAAUGAUUUUAUUGGCAAGAGUUUUGUAAAAUAUUUAUCGUGGGGUUACAUUUAAUUAAUUAAAUAAUAAUAAAUAGAUAGUAUAUUUAUAAGGACUAUAGUUAACCCUUUACAAGGUAGCCAACAGUAAAAGAUUGAACGGGGUUUUGAUACUACUAAAAA